AUGGACGAUAUAAGAAAUGAAAUUAAAAAAAUUGCACCUACUACUAGAUUUAUAGCUUUAUCAUCAAUUGGCGUAUCUCUGAUAUCUUUCAUCGCGCCAGCUUAUGUUGGUAUGCACACAAAGCUCGUCUUUCCACAACUUUGGCGCUUAUACACUGGCUUCUUUAUCCUUCCACGAUCUAUUAGUGCUAUAUUCGAUUUCGUUAUAUUAUACAGAACGUCGUCUGAUUUGGAAGGCAGUGGUACAUCUACAGCAGGUGCUGUGUAUGCUUGGAACAGAAUAGUAGAUGCUACACUCAUCUUACUCCUUAACAUACCAAUUAACGCUUUCAGUUUAUUCAGACCACUUUUUGUCAGUAUAAUCUACACUCAAUCACUCAUUUCUCCUAAUGCGACUGUAAACCUAUUUGGUUUGGUUAGUAUACCCCACUACGCCUAUCCUUAUGUUAUUCUUCUCAUUGAUAUGGUUUCAGCUGGUCCAGUUUCCGUCUUAAUCAGUUUAACUGGUAUAAUUGCAACUCAU